CGCCGCUUUGUAAGAGGCACAUUGGCAGGUAACGAGCGGCGGUGGCGGCGGGUCCCGAGUCCAGCGAGAGCAGCAGCGAUUUUCUAUUUUGUACAUUAUUUUGUAUAUACGGUGUAUGAUGACGUCGGUGAGCAAUGAUCGUUGCCGAGGUGCUCGGGAAAAAACACAGAUUUCAGCAACACAGGCAACACAACCACAGAAACAGGUGGUACAGCUGUACAGACCUCUUGACACUUCUAGAGCUCAGCCUGGCAACAGCUGAACAGAUGCGUCUAGCUCAAGUAAUCUUUGAUAAGAAUGAUUCAGAUUUUGAAGCUAAAGUUAAACAGCUUAUGGAAGUGACUGGGAAAAAUCAGGAUGAAUCAAUAGUGGCUCUACAUGAUUGUAAUGGAGAUGUCAACAAAGCUAUUAAUAUAUUGCUGGAAGGGAAUUCAGACACCACUUCAUGGGAGACUGUAGGAGGAAAGAAAAAGAAUUUUGGAAAGGAGAGUUCAGAAAACAAAGAGAAUAGAGAGAAGAGAAAUGAGAGAGAAGCAAGUCGUGGACGUGGAAACAACCGGAAAGGAAGAGGUGGCAACCGUGGCAGAGAGUUUAGAGGUGAGGAGAAUGGAAUUGACUGCAACCAAGGGGACAAGCCUUCAGACCGCAGCAAGCGAGCCCGUGGUAGAGGAUUUGGGCGUGGCAGAGGGAGAGGGGCAGGAAGGUUCUCAACCCAGAGCAUGGGGACAUUUAAUCCUGCGGACUUUUCAGAUUCUACAUCUACAAAUGGGUGUGGAACAAAACUCAUAGUUUGGGAAGCUGCUCAGAACGGUGCAGCUGAGGGACCUGAAAUGGCUGCUAAGUCUCACAUUGUAGCUCAGGAUCUGCCAAACAAAGGCUCUUAUGGACUGAAAGCAGGUACCUGGAAGAAUUCUGUGGAGGAAUGGACAACAGAAGACUGGGCUGAAGAUCUUUCUGAAACAAAAGUCUUCACUGCCUCAUCUGUUCCAGCAGAGAAUCACAUUACACCCGGGCAAAGCAUUGAUCUAGUAGCCUUGCUCCAGAAACCUGUUCCUUCCAGUCAGACCUCAGAAGUCAACACCUUUGAAACCUCCCAGCAGCAGAGCUUUGGCCAAGCCCUUGUCUUCACAAAUUCUCAACACGACAAUCAGAUGGCAUCAGGGACUGGCAACACCACAGCUGCCAACUCCUAUUCUCCUCAGAGUCUGUCAUCCGUCCUUGGCUCAAGAUUUGGAGAGCUUGCACCAUCAAAAAUGGCCAAUAUCACAGGCUCCCAGAUUUUGGAACAGUUGAGUGCCCCGACUUUGAGCCAGUUUACUGCUGCCCCAAAUUCACAGCAGAAUAGUACUAGUCCCCCAACAACUACUACUUCUUGGGACCUCAAGCCCUCAGGAUCCCAGUCUUCAGUCCUUAAUCAUUUUGAUUUCAAAUCUCAGCCUGAGCCAUCCCCAGUUCUAAGCCAGCUGAGCCAGCGACAGCAGCACCAGACCCAGGCAGUCAGUGUUCCACCUCCUGGUCUGGAGUCCUUUUCUUCCCAGGCAAAACACCGAGAAUCAGUGCCUGGAGAGAGUACCUCCACUGUGAACAAACUCUUGCAGCUUCCUAACAUGGCUGUUGAAAAUCUCUCUGUUUCUGCCCACCAACCACAGCCCAAACACAUCAAGCUCCCUAAGCGGCGGGUACCUCCAGCUUCUAAGAUUCCAGCUUCUGCAGUGGAAAUGCCUGGUUCAGCAGAUAUCACAGGAUUAAAUGUUCAGUUUGGGGCCCUGGAGUUUGGAACAGAACCCUCCCUCUCUGAGUUUGGAUCAGCUCCAAGCAAUGAAAAUAGUAAUCAGAUUCCCAUCAAUUUGUAUCCGAAGUCUUUAAGUAAUCCUUUGAAUACCUCUUUACCAAUGACCAGUGCUGUACAGAAUGCCACCUAUACAACUUCAGUCAUUACCUCCUCCAGUCUGACCAGUUCAUCCCUGAGCUCCAAUAAUCCAGUAACAACGUCUUCCUCCUAUGACCAGAGUUCUGUGCACAACAGGGUCGCAUACCAAAGCUCUGUGAGUCCUUCGGAGUCAGCUCCAGGAACUGUCACAAAUGGACAUGGUGGUGGUCGAAGUCAACAGACACUAGACACUACUUCAUGUGUUCCAGCUCCAAAGACAACAGACCCUCCCUCCGCCCUCCCAUCUGUGGGCUCCCUGCCCAGCACCACUUCUUGCACUGCGCUUCUGCCCUCUGCAUCCCAGCACACUGCCACUUUGCCCACCUUGUCCCAGCCUGGUGACCUGGCCAGCAGUCCCCUCUCUCAGCUUAGCAGUUCCCUCUCCAGCCACCAGAACAGCCUCUCCUCUGCGCAUACAGUACGUUCCUCGAGCACGCCACACACAAUCCAUGUGUCCUGGCUUUUGUUUUGCCAGCAUGCAAGUGUGGAGAGCACCCCUUCCCACCAGUCUUCGGCCACCUUCUCAGCGGCAGCAAGCUCUGCCUCGAAUGUCCCAUCCUCGGGUGUCAGUCUGCCUGGGAGCAUGAGCACUGUGAGCAGCCUCUGCCUUGGUGGGACCACUGUGAGUGCACCCAGCAGCAGUACCAGGGCCACACCCUUGGUGACCUCAGGCAAAGCACCCCCAAACCUGCCUCCGGGGGUACCUCCCCUGCUGCACAACCAGUACCUCGUGGGCCCUGGAGGUCUUCUUCCUGCAUACCCGAUCUAUGGGUAUGACGAGCUCCAGAUGCUGCAGUCACGGCUGCCCAUGGAUUACUACGGAAUUCCGUUUGCUGCACCCACAGCACUUGCCAGCCGAGAUGGGAGCCUCACUAAUAAUCCAUAUUCAGGUGACAUCACAAAGUUUGGCCGAGGUGACUCUGCAUCCCCUGCACCUCCCUCUGCACCAGCUCAACCAGCACAGAGCCAAUCCCAGGCCCACCACACAGCCCAGCAGCCAUUUUUGAAUCCCACGCUGCCACCUGGCUAUAGCUACACUGGCCUUCCCUACUACACGGGCGUGCCUAGUGCCUUCCAGUAUGGGCCUCCUAUGUUCGUCCCACCAGCCUCAGCGAAACAGCACAGUGUAAACCUCAGCACCCCUCCCAAUCCUUUCCAGCAGGCUAGUUAUGGUCAACACAACUAUAGUACAGGUUAUGAUGACUUGACCCAGGGGACAGCGGCAGGAGACUACACUAAGGGUGGUUAUGGUGGAUCAUCACAGGCGCCAAACAAGUCAGCUGGCUCUGGACCAGGCAAAGGGGUAUCGGUGUCUUCAAGUACCACUGGCCUACCUGAUAUGGCUGGUUCUGUGUAUAACAAGACACAGACUUUUGACAAGCAGGGAUUUCAUGCAGGAACACCUCCACCUUUCAGCCUACCUUCAGCCUUGGGUUCCACUGGGCCCCUGGCCCCUGGAGCAGCCCCUGGCUAUGCACCCCCACCAUUCCUACACAUCCUGCCAGCCCACCAGCAGCCUCACUCACAGCUGCUGCACCACCACCUUCCACAGGAUGCCCAGAGUGGCUCGGGUCAGCGCAGCCAGCCCAGCUCCCUGCAACCCAAGUCUCAAGCCUCCAAACCUACCUAUGGCAACUCUCCAUACUGGACAAACUAGACCCCAGAGAGAGGGUGGGCUCUGGGGCAGGACUUACCCUGGACAGGACAGAGCACAUGGAGCACAUUUCUGGGAGUCCAGUGCCCUUUCCUAGAAUUCUGAGACAGGUGAUUUUGUCAGCUGAGCCUCUGUGGGGAGCCUGCCUCCCAGACCCACUAUUGUAUGUAAUGUAUUUAUGUAUGUAUUUGUAAAUGUGAUAGAAGCCUAGGGGAGUAGGGGGUGUGGCUGCAGGUGGCAGUCAAGUCUGCUCUCCCCAUCCAGACCCCUUCUCACUAUAGCCAAGUAAGGCCCCCAUAACCCUUCUGCCCUUAGGCCUUCCACUCGGCCCUCUGCUCAGUGGGCUGCUAAGGGCAGCCACUGAAGGACUGGUUCAAGGCAGUUUGGGUAUUGGGGUCAGGUACCAAUGAAGAAUCACGAUUUAUCUCACUCCCUUGUGAACCAUUAUGUGAGUUUUCUCCCCGCUGUAAUUACUUUAUACCUCUGUUUUUGAGAACCUGUUCCUAUUGUCAUUUGUCACAGCCCUCCUUCCACCAAAUCUUGAUCUGGGAAUAGCAGAGAUAAUCUCCUGCCCAACAUAAACUGGGUCUCUGUUUGCACAGAGAGCAGGGACUUCUCUUUCUGGUCUGGUCCUGUUGCCUUUUUCUGGGCCUUAAAAGAAUCUGAACUGGGUCUCAGAUGUUCAGCCAGUCAGCUCCCCUUUAAAAAAUCAAAGAUCUGCUUCUACUUCAGUGAACACCCAUCUCCAAGCAAAAGCUCCGCUAUGCCAGUUGUCCUGUACCAGGUGGGCAACUGUUUCAGGGGUUUCCUCUUGCCCAACACCUAAUAAAGUUCUGAGAGCAUACAUGGUCUCUGUGUGGUGUGCUUGAGGGGUGGCCCUGGGAGAGGCAUCCUGGACUUGAAAGGAACAAAGAAAACCUCACAGGGCCACAAUCUUUUGAUAAGAGACCGUGGGGCAUGAGUUGGUAGUUCCUCCUUUGCCAGACCUCCUGUUGGCCCAGAUGAUAUGCCUGAAAAGAUAGCCAAUGUUCUUCAGGACCCAAGUCAUAUUUAUGAAAGUCAAUGUGGGCUUUCUCAUAACCCCUUAAUAGAUUUAGGAAUAAGGGAGUCUUACGAGGCCCUGUCAACAGGAAUGGCCAGAGCAAGGUAAUUUCUUUAAAAUGUGGGGUAAAGCCAAGAAGUGAGCACAGGGCUUAAGGCCUGAGAGACUGUAUGAACAGGUAUGCUUUGCUUUUUCAUCAACCAAAGUCUUGAUUGACAGGGGCUAACAGUCUAUGGUCUAAAAAUGUGCUGUCCAGGUGUUACAGCCUCUAAUUUCAGUCCUUAAUCACUGUUUCAGACAAGGCUAAUAAGCAAAAUGAAUGCUACUUCAAGUCAAGCCUGUAUCAGAAGUACUGAGUAUCAGGUUUCGGAUUAAGAAUGUUCGAGUAUUGGUCAACUCAUUGUGUCACAGCCAUCAGCCAAGGGCUAGUUUUUCUUUACCUUUUCUUCUUUGGGUUUCUAGAGUCGGCACCAAUGGAGAUGGCAAGUAUGUAAAACUUAACAGGUACUUUUCCUUGAUUCCUGCUAUCGGCAUCAGAAAGUUGGGAAUACUGAUGACAAUGUAAACGUUUACGUAGGAAAAGCAGCAGUGUACCCCUCCAUCCUUGAAAAGACCGCCUUGUUUCAGAAUCAAGUUUAGUAAAUGACCAUGUCUUCCUUAAACGCUUAGAUGCAUCAGGUACGGUUAUAUUCUUGGAAGGUAAGUUGGAUGGGGUGUCAUAAGGGCAGAUCAGCCAGUUCUGAUGGUGGUUUUAAUUUUUCAGCUGAGUCCUGGGCAAAAUCAAGGUAACAAUGAAAAUGUUGAGACCACCUUUUAGUUUUGACACAAGGAAAAAAAGAAGAGGGUCAUUCCAUGGGGAAGUAGCAAUACAGAUAUAUUUUAUUUCACAUUUUAUUAGUAGACAGAUGGGCAGAAAAAGACAAAAUAAACCACUAAUGGGGAAGUAAACACAAAAUGCAUCAGGUAAUCUUUUCUCAUAAGUUAAACUGAAGAAAAACAUCUACAAUUUCAUCUAAGAAAACUAUUAAAAGUCAGGUGUGUCCUGCUGGUUUCAGAAUAGUUGAAAAUUGCAUCUGAAUCUUUAGUUGUAAAUGUAAACCUUUUUUUUUUUAAAUCAGGAUGGGAGGGGUGGGGAGUUAAUUUUCAG